CCAAUUCAGUUAGACAGAAUACCCCGUGUGGAUUAGAUACAAAAAUAUUAAAAGAAGUGUCUGAAAAAUGAAAACUUUUCUGAAAAAUAACAAAAUUCGAAUAUUGUUAAUAGUGUCACUAUUGUUAAUUCUAACAAUAGCAUUCGAUUAUAAUUUUUUCCGUUUUCGUCUUGUGUCCUCACCAAACAACGAUCUCAUCGAAGUUGAACCUCUAUUUGCUCAUGUUAUAUUUCGACAUGGUGAGAGAAAUAUAGAAAGAACCCAUCCAACUGACCCGUAUGCUAGUGAGAGCUAUUGGCCUGGUGGAUAUGGAGCACUCACAAAAAAUGGCAAAAAAGACAUGUAUGAGCUUGGUAAAUAUUUACGGCGACGUUAUAACAAAGUGAUUGGAGAACAUUAUACGCCAAAAACGGUUUAUAUUCAUAGUACCGAUUAUGAUAGAUCGUUGAUGAGUGCCGAGAUUCUUGCAUCAGCUUUAUUUCCACCAGCUGGCGAUCAAAUUUGGAACAAGAACCUAAAAUGGCAACCAAUACCAGUGCACACCCGUCCAAUGAGUCAGGAACUGCUUUUGGCUUUCAAAAUGCCAUGUCCACGUUUCACAUAUUUAUUGGAGAAUUAUAAGAAAAGCACAGAAUAUAAAACAACGCUUGCCAAGUAUGGUCCGUUGAUUAAACACUGGGAAAAUCAAUCCGGAAAAUCACUCGAAAAACCUUUCGACAUCUAUUACUUACACGAUGCACUUUAUGUGGAACAUCGACUGGGAUUCGACCUUCCUGAAUGGGCUGAUGAAGCUAUUCAAGGGAAUAAAACAUUGGAAUACCUAGCUGCAUUUGAACUACAAUCAUAUUCACAAUCAACGGAAAUGAAGAAAUUAGAAGGCGGUUUCGUAAUAAAAGAGAUGCUGGAUCGCUUUAAAGAAAAAUCAUUGGACACGCUCAAACCCAAUCGUACUUUAUGGAUUUACUCUGCACACGAUUUAACUUUUGUCAAUAUUUUGAAUUCUCUGAACGUAUUUGAUUUACACAUGCCACCAUAUGCAUCGAGCUUGCACUUUGAAUUGUAUAAAUCAGGCGAUGAUUACCAUGUUCAAUUAUUCUAUAGAAAAUCAAAGGAAGAAAUUCUUGUGCCAUUAGAGAUUCCCAAUUGUGGUACAAUGUGUCCAUUGAAUACACUCUAUCAAUUAUACAAAGAUAUUUUGCCAACAGAAUUUGAGGAUUUCAAUUCAGCAUGUCGCCACUACAGCAGUAAAUGAACAUACAAUUGAUGUUUUAUUUAUUGAAAA